CCGGCGCAGAGCGGAGCCAGCGCGCCUUCGCUGAGGGGAGCCUUCGCUGAGGGGAGCUUUCUGCCCGCCAUGGCGGUGGACGCGAGGCGGCUCCAAGGCCUCAGCCUUCACCAGCUCCACGAGCUGCUCGACGACGAGGAGCAGCUCCAGAACAUGGCCCUCGAGUUGGAGGAGGCCCAAAAUGUUCAGCUCAGCAAGGACAUAACUCUUGCCAGCAACCGUAGCCUGGCAGAAGGCAAUCUCUUAUACCAGCCAAAGCUGGAUGCUCUAAAAUCUGCAUUGACACAAAAGUACCAGGAGCUCCGGGUUCUCUUUGAAGCAUAUCAGAUUAAAAAAACCAAGCUAGACAGACAAUCUAGUAAUGCUUCUUUGGAAACUCUUCUAGCACUUCUUCAAACAGAAGGGGCUAAGAUUGAAGAAGAUACUGAAAUCAUGGCUGAGAAAUUUCUGGAUGGGGAAGUUCCAUUGGACACCUUCAUUGACGAAUAUCAAAACCAAAGAAAGCUGGCUCACUUACGACGUGUAAAAAUUGAAAAACUCCAAGAGAUGGUGCUGAAGGGACCCAAACCACCUCUGGUGCUGCCUCAGUCAAGAGCUGCAGAGAUACCUCCAGUACUUCAGACUUCAGAAGCAAAUACCCCUCCUUCUGUCGUGCCUCGUCGCAAUCCACCCCCACCACCUCCAGCAUCAGCAGUCCCAGCAGGUCGCCUUCCGACUCCAUUUACAGCUGCAAUGAACGCGGGACCAGCCAUUCCCAUUUCAGGUGCUCUGUACCUUCCUCACCCUCCGCUUCCUCCGCGAACAGGAAUUCCACCUCCAAAUCAAAUGCUGCAGCCAGGAUACCCAACUCCAUUUGCACAACAGUACCCACCAGCACUGCCCCAAAGACCACCACCUCGUCUCCCACCAAACCCUGGCUUUAUCCUGCAGUGAAGAUGCCACCGUGGCCUGACUCGUGUAUAUCGGUGCUGACCUUUUUAUUCCUUCACUCCCAGAAACAACCUAGGUAGUGGCAAAUCUCCAGUGCUAUGUGCAUAAGAGUACAAUAAAUUUAGGCUGAGAA